AGCUGCUCAGCCCCCUGCCCCCCGCCGCCUGCUGGGCCGGCCGAGGAUGCAGCGCAGCGCCUCGGUGGCCAGGCUCGCUCCGCUCCAGCGUGCUUGCUAACUUCCCCGGUUCCGUCCCUGCCUGCCGGGGCCGCUCCGUGUCCCCGCGCCCUCCGGGUCUGGUUCUCUAAGCUCUCUGGGCGCUGCCUCUGGGUCCCUUGCAGUCCACUCGGCGAGCCCGCGCUCCCCUCCUGCGCCCCACCCUCGUCCUCACCAUGCUGCCCUUCGGCCUCGUGGCCGCCCUGCUGCUGGCCGCAGGGCCUCGGCCGAGCCUGGGCGACGAAGCCAUCCACUGCCCCCCUUGCUCCGAGGAGAAGCUGGCGCGCUGCCGCCCCCCCGUGGGUUGCGAGGAGCUGGUGCGGGAGCCUGGCUGCGGUUGUUGCGCCACUUGCGCCCUGGGCUUGGGGAUGCCCUGCGGGGUGUAUACCCCACGUUGUGGCUCAGGCAUGCGCUGCUACCCGCCCCGGGGGGUGGAGAAGCCCCUGCGCACAUUGAUGCACGGGCAGGGCGUGUGCACGGAGCUGUCGGAGAUCGAAGCCAUCCAGGAAAGCCUGCAGACCUCUGACAAGGAUGAGAGCGAGCAUCCCAGCAACAGCUUCAACCCCUGCAGCGCCCACGAUCACAGGUGCCUGCAGAAGCAUAUGGCCAAAAUGAGAGAUCGGAGCAAGAUGAAGGUCGUGGGGACACCUCGGGAGGAACCCCGUCCUGUGCCCCAGGGUUCCUGCCAGAGCGAGCUGCACCGGGCCCUGGAGCGGCUGGCCGCCUCGCAGAGCCGCACGCAUGAGGACCUCUUCAUCAUUCCCAUCCCCAACUGUGACCGGAACGGCAACUUCCACCCCAAACAGUGUCACCCCGCCCUGGAUGGACAGCGAGGCAAGUGCUGGUGUGUGGAUCGGAAGACGGGGGUGAAGCUUCCAGGGGGCUUGGAACCCAAGGGGGAGCUGGACUGCCACCAACUGGCUGACAACUUCCAAGAGUGAGACCUGCCAGCAGGUGGGGCACUCAGUGCCCCCUACUAGGCCCCUCUGCUCUGGGGGUUGUAGAGUUAACCUGGCAUGGAGUCUUGGCCCGAGUCCUGGCUCUCUGCCUCUGGCUCUGCCCAAAGUUUCCCUUGAUAUGUGUGUGUGUGUCUGUGUGUGUGUGUUUAUGGGAUGUGCCCCAAGUGGUAAGCCUGAGCCUUGGAGUGCCCACAAUGGGCUUAAAUACCCCAAGAGGUCUGAGUAUAGCAACAGGAAGCCCCAGUGUGUUUUCAAAUCAAUCUUGAAUCCAUCCAUCCAUUCAUUCAUUCAGCCAUCUGAAAACAUGUAUUGACAACACACUAUGUGCCAGCUUUAGUUUUCAGCCCUGGGAAGCCUCAUUCUGAUUUCCUCUGAUUGUGACAUGUGAGGUGUUCCCAGCUAGAGCCCUGUGGGAGAAAAGAAACUGAAUUCUUGGAGUCAGAGAGGAAGAAAGUUGGGAACAUUGAACAUCCUUCCUCUCAAUCCGGCCAGAGCUUGGGAAGGUGCGGAGUAGAGGCUCAAGGCUCACGAGACCCACCUCCGCUCUGUGCUGCGUAGAUCUUAUUCCUCAGGUCUUCCAGGGCACGAGCUCAAGGGACAGGGCCCAUCUGUGGGUCUGGGUAUUCAGUCAUCUGGUAACGCCUUGCAGAUGGAUCUCUGCUGUGAGAGAGGGAUGGGCUGAAGAAGACCUGAGGAGGGGGCAGGGAGGUGGACUCACUUUGAGCAGAUAAGAGAGAGGAAAGAAUGUAAGAUUGGAUUGUGUGUGUCUGAGGGAGACGAAGACUCAUGUGCUGGGGGGAUGGCCCUGUUCUGGUCCUUAUUUGUGGUUACUGGUCAUGAAGUCACCAGGAUGACCCUAUCUUUCCAGUUGCCCACACCUGUAGCUCUGUCUCCGUUCCCAUAUUUCCCUUCCCUUACAUCUCCUGUCCCACCCUCUCUACGCCCCCCCACUCCCCCACCCCCCGAGCAUUUUCUGGCUUGCCUGGAUAGAUUUAGAGACCUGCUUGUUGGCUAUAAUGUCUUUUCGUUCAUUCAUUCAUUCAUUCAUUCAUUCUUCUUCUUCUUCUUUUUUUUAAAAAAAAAAAAAAAAAACAGAACAAACCCAAAAAGUGUCCAGA